AUGAGUAUCUCUAAAGGGGGCAGAUACACCUGCAGAGGAAGGGUAAAAGGGACAAAUUCACUCAUAACAGAAAGUGAACCGGUCACCAUUCAGGAAACUGUUACCAACAGGACUGAAGUGACUCUGCAGCACAGCUGGUCUCAGAUAUUCACUGGUGAGAAAAUCAGCCUCAGAUGUGAGAUUGAAGGAGGUGAAGGAAAGGUGUGGAAAUAUGAAUGGAGAGCACCCAACACAAUCAGCCCUCCAACAUCCAGAGAAUACAGGAUCAGCAGAGGUUCAGGGUCCCACAGAGGAGCCUACAGCUGUCGGGGUAGCAGUGACUAUCUCUUUACAGAGUGGAGUGAUGCCUUCACUCUGACACUGUCAGGUAAACCCAGAGCCACACUGACAGCACAAACGUCAAAGGUCAUACCAGCAGGGGGCAGCGUGACACUGAGCUGCUCUGUGGAGGGCUCUGCUGGCUGGAAGUUUGACUGGUUCAGACGUGAUUCAGUCUCUUCUGAAGCUCAGCUCAUGAGAGGAAAUGAAGCAAAGAGAAAUAUUAGAGUCUCACAAGGAGGUCUGUACCACUGCAGAGGAGGGAGAGGAGAUCCAGCUUUCUUCUCUGAGGACAGCAAUGAAGUCACUGUGGAGGAAACUGUUUCCAACAGGAUCACAGUGACGCUGCAUCCCAGCUGGUCUCAGAUAUUCACUGGUGAGAAAAUCAGCCUCAGAUGUGAGAUUGAGGGAGGUGAAGGAAAGGUGUGGAAAUAUGAAUGGCGAACACCCAACACAAUCAGCCCUCCAACAUCCAGAGAAUACAGGAUCAGCAGAGUUUCAGGGUCCCACAGAGGAGCCUACAGCUGUCGGGGUAGCAGUGACUAUCUCUUUACAGGAUGGAGUGAUGCCUUCACUCUGACAGUUUCAGAUAAACCAAAGGCUGAACUGAGAGCUGAUAACACAGCUGUUCCAGUAGGGGGCAGUGUGACCCUGAUCUGCUCUGUGAACCCAUCAUCAUCAUCAUCAUCAUCAUCAUCAUCAUCAUCAUCAUCAUCAUCUGGAUGGAAAUACUACUGGUACAGAGAUGAGAAACACUCUGAACCUCUGACCACACAAGAUGCAGUUUUCCUCUCAAAUGGACAAAUCAGAGUCUCACAGGAAGGACUCUACAGGUGCAGAGGAGGAAGAGGAGACCCAGUUUACUACACAGAGGACAGUCAGUCAGUCAGGAUUAACAAGACUGUAACUGUGUCAGCAGCUGACAGCUCUUCAGCUCCUGUGCGGCUGAUUGUUGGACUGGUUUGUGGAGUCUCUCUCCUCAUUAUUCUCCUGCUCUUGUUGUAUCGCUGCAGACAGUCCAAGUAUUCAUGCUUCACCAGGUCGAUCCAGUCUGAGAGUCACAGUUCGAGCUCCACCACAAAUCAUGGAGUCAACCAGGAUGAAACUCAUGAAUACGACUCUCUUCAUCCUGAUGAACCCCAGAGUGUCACAUACUCUCUGAUUGAUCUGAAAAACCCUGGAAAGAAGAGGAAGCAUCAUAAACCAGAGGAGAGUGCUGCUUAUGCUGAGGUGAAGAUGGAAGCUGCAGAGGACAGUCUGAUGUAUGCUGAGGUCAACCGCCCCAAAAAAAAAAAAGCCAAGAAAAAAAAAAAAGGAACAUCGAGUCCUGCAGCUGAUGCAGACGUUUAUUCUGAAGUCCAAUCAGGAAGCUCUCUCUGUCAGUGAGGAGAGCUGCAGCAGCAAAGCCAAAAGAAGCAUUUGAUGAAGCCGCUCUGGAUCCUCUGCUCCACAAAUAUCAGACAGGCUCAGCUUUUUUUCUACAGUUAUCUAAUAUUAUCUUCUAAUAUCAUAUAGAUUUA